CGGGGGGGAGUGCGCGGAUUGUGUCAUGGUGCCGUCGGCGAAGUGUCAUCCUGGCGGUCGCCAGAUUGCAGCUGUUCGCAUUUCACGUUUGGAAGUCGAGGCAAGCUGCAGGCUAGCAACGGAACUUCCUAGCUGAGACUUCAAGACUUUCAGCACGGACACCAGUGAUACCUCAGCUUUGCUUUGUCCUCGUUUGGCUUCUUGCCACUGUUGCCCAGGGCUGAUGAACUUGUAAUUCGCUGCAAAACCUUCGCGCCUGCCCUUCCUUGCCUCAUUACAGCUGCAGCCGCUGGUCGAUCUGUCCUUCUGCAGUGAGAGGCCAGUCACCACCACCUUGAGGGACAAGUGCUGCACCACCAGCUGCUGCUCUGCGCGCUGUCCCCUCCUGUCCUCGGCAUACACCACAAAACGAGUGCCGCACCUUCCUGAGAUCUUGGCACGCAGACCCAAUUGAAGCUCACUGGCGAAGUGGAGAGGCAGCAGCUGCAGUGCUUGAACUUAAGUUGAAGGGAUCAUCGGGUGUCAUUCUUGGCUCAUGAUCACACAGCAUUUCUCUGCUGUAUCCACAUCUUGAGUUUCUGACACUAAGGCACGAUGGGCUCCAGUGAGAUGAAGAGGGGCUUUCUGAGCCACGCAGCUGUGAUUAGUCUCCUCCUGCUCCUUCAGCAAGUUUGCCCCCUCCUGGGAGCGCCAGUGGUGGUUCAAAGCUUGACUGGCCGAAAGCUACUUCAAGGCUGCGACCCCAACAGUGCUCAGCCCAAUCAAUGUUUCAACGCCCAAGGUUCUGCGUACACGUGCUGCGGCAACGAGGGCUGCCCCAGCAGCCCAGCAGACCUUCCCUACUGUUCCGGCCAGUCGGUGCCUGAUGGUUCGUCAGCUUCGGGCCAGCCAUUGUCGAGUAACACGCCGGCCCCCUCCGAUUCAUCUUCUCCGAGCUCCCCGACUCCCUCCUCAACGGAUUCUCCGAGUCCUCCGUCUAACAACCCGACCCCCUCCUCGACGGAUUCUCCCAGUCCUCCGUCGAACAACCCGACCCCUCCUUCCACUGACUCUCCCAGUCCUCCGUCCAACACCCAAGCCCCUUCUCCGACCGACUCCCCCACGUCCUCGCCCACCCCCUCUCCCAGCUCGACUGCCAAGGUGGUGCGGAGCAAUAGCGGUGACACGUCAUCGCUGAGCGGUGACGUCACGGCGGGCGACAAGCACGCGCAGGGCGCCGGCUUCUGGAUGGCGCCCGGCACGGAGCUGGGCUUUCAGGGGGGCAGCACCACCAUCGACCGGAGCAACUACUUCCCCAACGAGAAGGAUUCGCAGAACUACUUCAGGUCGUUCACCCACUCGGGCGACAGCUCGCCGUGGCGGCUCAACAUCGGGUCCUCGGGCGCGGCGUACGCGUUUGCCGGCGAGGACGGCGUGGACCUGGUGGGGUACCAGUACGUGGGGGAGGAGUACCUGGACCGCGUCCUACAGUCCAUCGCGGCCAUCAACGACCAGAGCCCGCCCUACAUCAUCCACCAGGCGGGCGGCGCGCCGGACGACCGCAAGGUGGAGAUGUACUCGCCGCUGCUGGCGUGGCAGAACAUCGACCACGGGGUGCAGACCAUCACGUGGCCGCAGAAAGAGCAGGGCAGCGACGGCAUGAACCCGGACCACCGCGCCAACCUGCUGCUGCAGCAGCGCCUGCGCGAUGUUGGCGGGGGCCUGGUGGAGAUCACGUACAUCUGGCACAACUUCGGGCACCGCGCGAUCAACUUCGUGGACAUGCCGUGGAGCGGCUUCAACUACGUGGCGCGGCCCAAGUACGUGCGCUCGCUGCCGGGCGGCAAGUGGCAGUACGAGGACCACACCUCCGGCUGGGAGAACCCCAUGCACAUGUUCACCGAAACAGACGGCUGGAUGGCCUUCACCGACACCGAGGACAGCAACACGGACAACGUGAAAGCGAUUGGGAUCUACUACGCGCCCGGCGCUGAGCGCAAUUGGUGCGGGCAGGUCCGCUUCGGGCGCGGCACGGACCCGGUCGGGGAGUACACGCAGGUGUUCGAGGCCAUCCACCAGACGGUGCACGCGUGCGCGGAGAACGUGGCGAGCCCGGACACGACGAUCAUCCAGCCGCACGGCGGCAGCUACUACUUCCGCUUCUACAUCGCGCUCAGCUCGCUCAGCAACGUCAUCAAGAUGCGCGACGCCAUCCAGAGCACCAUGAGCCGCGGCCAGAUGGUGUUCUCCAACUCGGACGCGGGCCGCAUCGCCGUGGCCGGCUUCCACGCCGCCACCGUGGCGCUGUCUGACGUCAGCUGGUACGCGUUCGACAAGCCGGUGCCGAACGCGCUGCCGCUGCUGCUGCUCAAGAGGAAGAGCACCGGCGCGGUGCAGCUGUCGGUCAGCCCCUACGGGAUGACGUAUGAUGGCGUGCUGUCCACGGACUACCUGGGCUUCCUCGGCUGGGCGGUUAAGGUCACCGACCCCUCUACCCCGCCCGGCAGCCUGGGCGGCGCCGUCAAGAAGCUGUCGGAGAUCUUGUCGUCCGCGGAGUUCCCUGACCCCACCUUCUACGACACGUCCCUCCAGUUCGACGUCUGGGUUGGCGUAUGAGAGCGGCGAGCGGCCGCUCGCUGCGCCGCGCCACUCGUGCCCGCCAUUCGGGCAGGGGGAUACAACACUGGUUUACAGCGUCAAUAACUGUGUCCGUGGUUACGUGAGUUCGAGCCGAUGAGCAGCCCGCAGUAUACAGCAGCUGAGCCGCAGAGCGCUGUUGCCAGGCCCGCGGAAUCCUGCAGCUUGCAUGAAACACAAGUUUCCGAGCUGCGAUAACCUGACGGGUCAGAACCCUUGAUUUAUGUAGUCUGUGAGUGUUUGAAAUAGAAGCAGAGGCGCAGCAGCAACUGGGUCUCUGGAGAAACAGCAGGUGCACCUUGCACCAUCGAUGUGGUAGGACACCGACUCAGGUGAACAGCCAAAUCGGAUGAACAGCCUUCUUUUUUUAUAUGUUGGGGUAAGUGACACAGAAACCUCCAAGAACUGCUAUGUUAGUUGCGGACGUCAGGCCGCGCUGGUCACGUAACAGGAAACAAUCGUUAAAUGAUUUCAGCCCGAGCUAUGCAUAUACACAGCGCAGAACCUUUCGACCUACUGUCGCGACAGUCUACUUGGCACUCUUCUUGGUACAAUUAAUUCAUCUGGCACGAGAGAAGCAGACAACCCUUAUAUAAAUCCGAC